GUUUUUUUGUUUGGUGGGUAUGGAGUGAAGCAUUUCGUUUAAAAUGAGGAGAUACUUUUCUUUAUUUAUGAGAGUAAUAUUUUCGCUACUAUUAUGUGUUUAGAAUUUUGACAGUUUCUAGUCUUUACAGAAAUUAUAAAUUUUGAAAAUUAAGAAAAAAUUCUGAAGAAUUUGUCUGACGACUAUUGGCAAAAAUUAUUCGAACUGAGAAUUAACUAAUCUUUCAUCAUGGCUACUCCAUCAGCUGUUGUAGCUGCUGCUGCUGCAUUUAUAUUAUUUAUUGUUUGCAACUUUUCUCUUCACAAAAUAGAAGAAGGUCAUGUGGGGAUAUAUUACAGAGGUGGUGCUCUUUUGAAAGAUACAAGUUCACCAGGUUUUCAUAUGAUGGUUCCUUUUAUUACGACAUACCGCUCAAUUCAGGUUACUUUACAGACAGAUGAAGUAAAAAAUGUACCUUGUGGAACCAGUGGAGGUGUAAUGAUCUAUUUUGAUCGUAUUGAAGUUGUUAAUAUUUUAAAUUCAAAUAGUGUUUAUGAUAUAGUAAGGAAUUUUACUGCUGACUAUGAUAAAGCCUUAAUAUUCAACAAAGUACACCAUGAAUUGAAUCAGUUUUGUAGCGUUCAUAAUCUACAUGAAGUGUAUAUUGAUUUAUUUGAUCAAAUAGAUGAAAAUUUAAAGACUGCUCUUCAAAAGGAUUUAAAUAAUAUGGCACCUGGUUUAUUUAUACAAGCAGUUAGAGUUACAAAGCCAAAAAUUCCUGAAACAAUAAGGAAAAACUAUGAACUAAUGGAAAGUGAGAAGACAAAAUUGCUAAUAGCUGUUCAGAGGCAAAAGGUUGUGGAAAAAGAUGCAGAAACAGAUAGAAAAAAAGCUGUUAUUGAUGCUCAGAAAAAUGCUGAAGUUGCAAAAAUCCAAUAUGAACAAAAAAUAAUGGAAAAAGAAUCUUUGAAAAAGAUGUCUCUCCUUGAAGGACCUCAUACCUACUCUUAA